CCCCAAAAAUAGAAAGAAAGGAGGGAGAGUAAGCUCAAAGAAUCUCAAAGAACAAGAAUUCAUUCAUACUUACAUAAUCCAAAGCAAACAUGUUCUAAUUUUCUUCAGGGCUUUGGAAGUUCCACUCUUUCUCUGCUCCCAGAUCCAUGCUCGAUUCUUGAUUGGGUUCUUCUUGGACUCUUGUCAGGGUUGCAGUCUAGUGGUUGCGACUUGCAAAGUUUGAUGGAUACGGACAACGGCACAUGUCUGUCUCUGAAUGUUGAGGCAUGUGAAAAUGGACUUCUGCAACAACUUCAACCUGCCGAGGAAGAACUUGUUGCUCAUAAGUCCGAAGGGGUGCCGAAUGGCAGUCUUACAAUUGAAGAAGUGCAACAGAACUUUCAAAUUUCGGUCAUCUUGAAGGAAGAUGAAGCUGUUGAAACAUCUGUUGAAGAGGUUGGGGACAAACCAAUUGUGCCUCCUUAUGGCAAUGGCAGUGCUAGUUCUAAGGAAUCCAAAGUUAAGAAUUCUGCAGAAAACCAGAGUGACAAACCACAGAAAGCUUCCGGAAAGCUCCAAAAUGGGAAAUCUUCAAGCACUGCAAAUUCAGUGGUUUCUGGGGCAAAGGACACAGACGGCAACCCAAAAGGACCCAUGCCCUCCAAAUCACUGGCUAAACCACAUACUGCCCUUGGUGCAAGGGGUAAAUCAUUUGAUGAGAGGAAAGUUACUUUGAGAAAUCCAAAGUUUGUUCCUUCUUCUCUAAAGUCUAAUAAUCAUUCUAAGCAGCAAACUGAUAACACAUCUUCCCCGAGUGGUCCACAGCCCGAAAGCCUAAAGUUAAAACUUCUGCCGGAAUUAGGCCAGACCUUCAAGCUUGAAGGGUUUCCUCAAUAUGUAGCCAGGCAGAUGGGAUUUAGUGACAUGAGAGAGUGCCCAACUCUGUGCAAAUUAGCCUCAGAUUACAUAAUAAAGGCAGAUGGUUGUGAAGAGGAAAUAUACAAUUUCUUUGCCAAUGAACCAGCUGCCGAUUCCCUGUUCGUAAAGCUGGUGGAGGAGUUUGAGAUGUUGAUUCUCAGCUAUUUCGCUUUCCAUUGGAGUCAGGCUUCCAAUAUGAUUAGCCAGGCACUGGUAAGUGCUGACAAAUCUUCUGGGCCGAAAAAAAAGCUGAAAAAUUUUGUAAUGGAAGCAACAAGGGAACAGAGGUUUGAGAGAGUGACAAAGAACUUGAAGGUGGUGAGAGUGUUCAACACCUUAGUGGAGGAGAUGAAAGCCAUAGGACAGGUUGCAGCAGAUGAUUCCGGGCGUGCGGACGUGAUUGUCCCUACGGCUCACAAUGACAGAAGCCCUGUCCUCCUCUUCAUGGGUGGUGGUAUGGGCGCCGGAAAAAGCACUGUUCUCAAGGAUAUCCUCAAAGAGCCAUUCUGGGUUGAAGCAAAGGGAAAUGCAGUUGUGAUAGAGGCAGAUGCCUUUAAAGAAUCGGAUGUCAUCUAUAAAGCCCUCAGUUCUAGGGGACAUCACCAUGACAUGCUUCAAACUGCUGAAUUGGUGCAUCAAUCGUCCACGGAUGCGGCUUCGUCUUUGCUAGUAACGGCGCUCAAUGAGGGGCGCGACGUGAUCAUGGACGGGACCCUCUCGUGGUUGCCAUUUGUGGUGCAGACGAUCACAAUGGCUCGGAAUAUUCACCGGAAAAGGUACCGGAUGGGGCCCGGUUACAGGGUCGAGGAAGACGGGAGCGUGAGCGAGAACUACUGGGAGAUUGCUGAAGAACAAGAUCUAAUGGAUGGGGAUAGAAAACGAAGAGCUUAUAGGAUUGAGCUUGUUGGGGUUGUUUGUGAUGCUUAUUUGGCUGUCAUUCGAGGCAUAAGGAGAGCUAUAAUGAGCAGAAGAGCAGUGAGGGUGAAAUCACAGCUAAAAUCCCACAAGAGAUUUGCAAAUGCAUUCACAACAUAUUGCAACCUUGUUGAUGUUGCAAGACUCUACAGCACAAAUGACAUUGAAGGCCCUCCUAAGCUAAUAGGGUGGAAGGACAAAGACAAGACAUUACAAGUGGAUCCAGAGGAGAUAAAGGUGUUGAAUGUAUUGGGGAGGUUAAAUGAAGAAGCAGAUUCCAUAUAUGAGCUUUACAAUCACCCUAAUCCAGCUUAUGAACCAGGCUCUGUUUGGAAGGACAUUGUCUUGUCCCCUUCCAGGUUCAACAUUCAAAAGGAACUGAAAUUAGCCAUUCACAAAAUUGAGACUUCUUCUUCUUCUUCUCCUCCACCUCACCAUUAAUUAUUACUAGGAAAACAAGAUAUUGUUAUUAUUUGUUUUCCUUAUUCUGGUGUUGCCAUUGUUGUUAUCCUAUUGUGUGACUAAGAUUCUCUUUGUAUUCCCUGGGAUAAAACCUUCAUUAUUCAGUAAGACCAAUUAUUAUCAGAUUGUAUUAUGGUAUCGAAGCGAAGGUCUCCCUACUAUGAAAUCUAUUUUUUUGCUAACCGGGUGCCCUUAUCGCUGGUCGACCGCCGCUAAUGGCUAAUUAGUUGGACCUGCUUGAGUAAAAUUUAUAUUCCAGA